CCUCUUCUCCGCCAUUUCUUAUCCAGUGGUACGCAUUUUGUGCCGCCAUUUCGAGCUGUUGAAACAGAUACUAAGUAUCGGUGUUCAGAUUCCCGAUUGUGGAAACGUUAGACGGCUAAAAUGGAAAAUCAACUUUGCAAGCUUUUUGUUGGCGGGUUAAAUGUUCAGACCACCGAUGAAGGUCUUCGUAAACACUUCGAAGAGUAUGGUGUCUUAACUGAUUGCGUUGUUGUUCAAAACCAGCAGCUCAAGCGAUCUCGCUGUUUCGGGUUUGUAACCUACUCUACUGCAGAGGAGGCAGACUCCGCAAUGGCCGCGAGGCCACAUACGUUAGACGGCAACAAUGUGGAGCUGAAAAGAGCGGUUGCUAGAGAGGACGCGGGGAAACCAGAGGCACUAGCUAAGGUAAAGAAAAUUUUUAUUGGGGGGCUGAAGGAGGACGUAGAAAACGAACAUCUCAACGAAUAUUUCUCCCAGUUUGGUACGAUUGAGAAGGCCGAAGUCAUUAGCGACAAGCAAACCGGCAAGAAACGUGGAUUCGGCUUUGUCUACUUUGAAGACAAUGAUUCGGCCGACAAAGCGGUUGUGGUGAAAUUUCACACGAUCAACGGACACAAAGUGGAGGUGAAGAAAGCCCUAACCAAGCAGGAGAUGCAGGCUGCUGGAGGCCGAGGAGGCAGGGGGAGAGGCGGGCGAGGAAUGGGAAGGUCUCAAAAUGGCUACGGUGGGGGAAGAGGAGGUGGUUACAGCAGCUAUGGCGGCGGCUAUGGUGGCAAUGAUGGCGGCUACGGAGGAGGUUACGGCGGUGGCUAUGGCGGUGGUUACGGGGGAGGCUAUGGUGACCAAAUGGGCGGCUACGGCGGCGGGAACGGCUACAAUGACUUUGGAAGCGGUUAUGGCCAGCAGUCCUCUGGCUAUGGUCCAAUGAAAGAAUUCGCAAAGCAAAUGGAUUUUAACAAAUUCUUGCUUUUAAGACCUAUCUGAUGCGAGGAUCAGCUGAAGACCAGCCCUAAUGAGUCUGAGAAGAAUGGAUGAUGUGCAGAAGCCUGGACACCAUACCAUGGGCCUAGAUGAGGUAUGUACUUUCAGUGCCUGGUCACAAGUGUAGCAGCAAUCAGAAUGCGACACGUCACGAUAUGUCGACACGCAACGAAGAUAGACAAGAACCCCCAAGCUAAUCGUUGAGUUCAGCAGAUGAUAUACCGACACAGGUGCAUGUCAUGUGUAAGGGUUGGCAGCUAUGAAAUUGACUGUCGCAAAACAUUUGCACAUACAACUCUAAAGACCCCCCUCACCCUCCCCCUCACUACAGAUGGUGUGAAAAACAUGGCCAACUGUGUGUGUGAAAAUGAAAGGGUUUUCUUAGGUCAUGUCCAAUGUUGAUUCUUAGACCCUUGAUUGAACUCUGAACAGCUGUAGUCCUUGCAUGAAAUUAGGACGACAAAUUCAGGUUGCCUGGAUUCAGGCAAGGUGAAACUGGGUUAAUCAGUUGAGUUAACAUAUGAGCUUUCAUGUCAGUUUUAAAGGUAUGCAAAAUGCCGACACAAAUUGGUAGAAUGGGCUUUAAAUGUACGGUAAGGAAGGCGAGUGAUCCUAGGCUGGACAUAAAUCUCUACAAUCUGGAAAUGAAUGGGACUUGGUCUUGGCUGCCUGGGAGAGUAAAGGAGACCGUGUAAUAGAAAUGUAGAAUUGACUAUAUAAAUGACCACUGAGCAUGCCAUGGUGAAAAGAGGCCUGGAUGUGUGUGCCUGUGUAAUUGCAGGGAUUUAAGACCUUGUGUGUACUCUUUUCAGAAACGGUAACUGUAUAAUCAAAGUAUCUAGGAUAAUAAAAACUGGGUAAAAUUCCUGUAAAUCACAGGUUUUUGUAAAUAUGCAGUCAAACAGAUGAGUAAUAUUGGCUGUGGAAAGUAGUAUGCAAGUCCCAAUUUAUGGGUUGGAAUAAUGCGUUUUGUUUUCAUACCUUGUAAAUCCCUUCGUUGGUGGUUAUCUACUUUUUAUUACAAUAGGCCCUAACUACCUUUAUGGUUAUCACUAAAGUAUUUGUAACAUUCUGAUGCAAAGUAUAUAAAUCGAGCUGGCCAGUGUGACACUGCAGUCCAACCAUUUGAGCACGUCUUAUUCCGAGGUGAGUGCAUUAAUGGGUGAUGGCACAAUUUCAACUGAAGUUGAUGGCUGCCUUAUCUGAAAUUGGGAGUAGUCAGAAAAUGUGUUUGCAACGUCUUUUCAUAAACGCUGAUGGACAUUCAAAUUUCCAAGGCAAACUGAUUUAUUUUAAAGCAAAAUGUUGGCGCUACGCCUGAUAGUUGAUGCUUUCGGUUCACCUUCACGGCACGUUUCCCACGGCUCGGUCAGUGUUUGCAACAUGUCGCAUGUUGACAGAAAAUUAACUAUCAUCGCCGCAGCUGUGUGUAGCAAACUACCGAGGUGCAAAAUCUCGCAUGGUAACGUUAGAUCGCAAGGUGUAUUAUGAAAAAUCAAUAGUAAACUGAAAAUGUAUAGUGAAAUGUGUAAAUUGGUAAUUUAGUAAGAGCUUUGAUUAGGUACUGACUUUUGGAGGCUUUUACUUUUGUAUUAUAUGAUGUGGUGCAACGUACGUGGCCAGAUGUGAAAUAACUGCAGUUUCAUGUGAGGGCUCAUCGUAGAAAUGAAUGCCUUCAUUGUUGAAUUACGAAAGAAAUGGAAACCACAGCAAUUCUGCUCCACAAGGGGGCACUAAAUGCGUAAUGUAUAUGGAAACGUUUUUAUUUUUGAAUUUUAUAUUGAUGCCGCAUAAAAUCUAAUUUAAGAUUUACAAGAACUGUGUGAUUGUUAUAAUCCAGUUAACUGAAAGCACUCCUCCUCCCUCGACAGGGCCUCGGGAGUCCCGAUGAUGCUUUGCGUCUGGAGUAGCGGCUUUCGUUUUCAAGAGGUUUUGAAUGCUGCCAGGAGACGGGACAGUGCAUGAGAAAGAUCAAAUGCACCACACAGCUGGAGUAGCUUGGCGAUGUCGUCAACGCAAACUUUUUGUUUUUUUAUUGGCUUGUUGUACUGGUGUACAAAAUCAAUAAACGUACCUUGAAGUCAAA